AACCUCAAAAGCAACGUCUCUUUUUUUUCUUUUAAAAUACCCUCCAAACACACUUCCAUAUGUCACUAGAAUCAUAUUUCCCAUUAUCUUCUUCUCCUAUUUUCCUUUUCUAAAUUUGUUAUCUCAAAACACCAAUGGUAAACUAUAGAAUGGACUCAGAAGAGGAAGCUUUGUUUCGAAAUUCUCCUUAUCCACUUUACUUUGUCCAAAGUCCGUCCACUAUCUCCCAUGCAAAUAGUGGAGAAUUAUCUCGUCAUAACAACAACAACAAUAAUAAUAACAGUAACGAAUUUUCAUCCAUAUGCCAUUCACUAAUGCCUCGACCGGAAGCCGGUCCAUUGGCUCUCUCUCGAUACUUCUCUUCCCGUGGAUCUAACCACUCGUUUGCGCAUCACGAAAAGAAGAUCUCGUGCGACUCUCUUCCGAGCCACGGGACGGGAAUCGAUGAGAACAUCGAUAUUGAUCGAGAGAAACGUUGUGCAAUGUUGUUGGUACAUCAUGGGAAAAAUGGUACUAGUAUUUGUGAAGAGGAGGACGAGGACGAGGAUGAGGAGGAUUAUUAUUAUGGAAAAAGAAAUUGGAAGAGGUUUUUUUCAUUGGGAUAUUCGGAUUCGACACCAUGGAUCGUUUUGCAAGUAACAUGGAGGCUUAUUUUGAGUAUGAUAGUAGCUUUGGUUGUUUUCUACAUUGCCACUAAGCCCCCUGCACCUAAGGUUUCUCUUGAGAUUGCAGGUAUUCGUGAAUUUGGAUUAAGAGAAGGCGUGGAUGGAACAGGUGUAAAUACCAAAAUGUUAACAUGCAAUUGUUCAAUGAGCUUACAAAUAGAUAACAAGUCUAAGCUCUUUGGGCUUUACGUUCAUCCUCCUACAAUGGAAAUGUAUUUUGGGAGGUUCCCUUUCAUAUCAACACAAGGUGAAGAGCUUUAUGCAAGGAGCUAUGGGCCAACAUACUUCAAGCUAAGUGUAGGGACAAGGGACAAAGCAUUGUAUGGGGCAGGAAGACUUAUGCAAGAUAUGCUCCAAUCUAGCAAAGGGUUGCCUUUGCUAAUACGCGUGCAACUCUCUUCAACUUUCCAUGUUGUUUGGGGUCUCAUCAAGCCCAAAUUUCAUCACCAUAUUGAGUGCAUUGUUGUUCUUCAUAAUACAUACAAUAAGAGACACAGGACCCAAGCUUAUAAUAGCACUUGUUUGAUGAUCCCUUCUUAAAACCAUGAUGGCAUGAUCACCUUAUUAAUUGCAAAAUGUUGAUGGAAUGAAAAGAAGAAAACAAGGAGAAAUGAUAUUGUUAAUUGUCGGUGUUGUGAAACCCAUGUCAUUUGGUUGUAAUAGCAACUGGAUUAAGAUUCGACUUUUUUAAGUUUCUCAGUCAUGAAUUUUGUAAAAGGAUACGGAAUGAUUCCUUAGUAUAUAAAAUUAAUCAUAUGUGCUUCGAUCAAAGCGCAAAUUUAUUUUCUUCCA